AAUAGUAUAGUAUUGUUGUUUAUCCAUAGAAAUAGCUAACAAAAGUAUUUAAAAUGCAAAUUUCAACAUAUUUUGUCAUAAAUCAUAUGUUUUAGGAAAUUUCGGGAAAAAAUAAAAUAAAUUUUGUAUGAGUAUAAAUUUUAAAUUAAAAACUACAGUUUUAUUCAUUUUGUGGUGCUUAACAAAGUUUAUUAUAUAUAAUGAGCUCUGUACAUGUAGCAAAAUCAACAACAAGUGCAGACUGUGUCUCUUGUAAGGAACCGAUCAAAGAUGUGAUCGUGCAGGCAAUGAACAAGACCUGGCACCAGAAGCACUUUAUCUGUACCCACUGCAACAAGCCAAUUGUCUCCCAGCGAUAUUACGUGUACGAUAACAAGCCGUACUGCGAUGUCGACUAUACGAAACUGUUCCUCAAGAGGUGCACUGCGUGUGGGAAGCCGAUCAGGGAUGUGGUGGUGAUGGCGCUCGACCAACCGUGGCACCGGGAGUGUUUCGUUUGUGCCAACUGUGGUGCGAUGCUCUCCAACAAGGGGUUUUAUGAGAGUGAAGGCCGACCAAUUUGUGAAGAAUGCUAUGAGUCUCAGUUCUGUACAAAGUGUAAACUGUGCUCGGAACCAAUCGCUGAUGUUUCCGUUAUUGUUCUUGGUGAUAGGUACCAUCCUGAGUGCUUUCGUUGUAAGGUCUGCAACCAACCUUUAAUGGAUUGUACCUUCAAGAUUGUGGAUGGUUGUCAGGUCUGUGCCAGUUGUGAUCCAUCUUGUGCUGAUUGUGAUCGAUCUUGUGCUGAUUGUGAUUUAUCUUGUGCUGAUUGUUGAGUAGUGUUUUGGACACUUUUCUGACUUAUUUGUUCUUAAAGAAAAAAAAAAAGUAUAAAAUGGAAAUCAUUUACUUGUUAAAUUCAUUUGCUGGUAAGGCAUUACUUACACCUUGAACUGAU